GCGGGGCGAGCCUAGCCGGGUUGAGGUGAAGAGUGCCGCGGCUCUGGCUUCCUGCGGGUGGCGCGCCUAGUGGCUCAAGCUGUGGAGAGCCUUGGGUCAUAGUUUUCGUAGCCAACUCCGGCUUCAGCCUUCCCAGUGUGGCCGAGCGUCGACUGUCCCUGACAUAACGAUGGUUCGACUUAGGAUUUUUCAACUUUACAAUGAUGUGAGAGCAAUGCACACUCAGUAGACACUGUUCGCCGGAGUUUUGAUCUUUCCCCUGGCUGGGCUAUAUGGUACAAUAUUCUCUAUUAAUACUGGGCAGUGGCAGCCAGCUGUAGCUGCCAGUCAGCUUUGUGAUCACAAGUGUAUUGUUUGCCCACACUUUUUGGAUAUUGUAUUCUGUGUUUUUAUAAAAUCUGGUCAUGUCUGCAAAGCGUCCAUCUGCAUCUCCUGCCUCUGGGGAAAAGAAGAGGAGGAAGGCAAUUACUCUUGAGAUGAAACUCAAAAUAAUUGCCCAGCAUGAAGGUGGCAAACCCGUAAUGGUCAUCUCACGUGAGUUAGGACUUUCCCAGUCCACCAUCUCGACCAUCCUAAAGGAUAAGAAGCGAAUCAGCGAUGCAGUGAAAUCAUCAGCAUCAAUUAAGUCCACUGUCAUCACUAAGAAAAGAGCUGGGCCAAUUGAUGAUAUGGAAAAAUUGCUAGUCGAGUGGAUAGAGGAGCAGGUACAGAACCGCAUACCACUUAGCCUACUGAUGAUCCAGGCAAAGGCAAGGAGUCUUUUCAAUAUGCUAAAGGAGCAUGCCGAUCCUACGUAUACACAGAUGUUUACAGCAAGUCAUGGAUGGUUCCAGCGUUUCAAAAAGCGUCAUAAUUUUCAUACUGUUAAGGUCACUGGUGAGGCAGUAUGUGCUGAUAUUGAAUGUGCUGAAGCUUUUAAGGAAGAGCUGCACAGGAUAAUUGUGGAACAGAAAUAUUUGCCAGAACAAAUAUUUAACGUUGAUGAAACAAGUUUGUUCUGGAAGCGAAUGCCAGAGUGUACAUACACUGAUCAAGAGUCCAAGGCAAUACCAGGACUCAGAGACCAUGUAACACUGCUUUUGGGUGGAAAUGUUGCGGGGUUCAAAUUAAAGCCUUUUCUAAUCUACCACUCGGAGAACCCUAGAGCCUUCAAGAAUGUGAGCAAGCAUACACUUCCUGUUCACUAUCGCCAUAACAAGAAGGCCUGGAUGACGUCAGCAUUGUUUGAAGACUGGUUCUUGAACUGCUUUAUUCCACAAGCAAAAGAAUAUUGUAGGCAAAACAACAUUGCAUUUAAGAUUCUUCUGAUCUUAGAUGAUGCCCCGGGGCAUCCACGGCACAUUGGCACAAUGCAUCCUGAUGUCAAAGUUGUAUAUUUACCGCUGAACAUAACCACACUCAUUCAACCAAUGGACCAAGGUGCCAUAGCUGCUUUCAAAGCACAGUACUUACGUCAGACAUUUGCUCAGGCUGUCGAAGCAACUGAAUCCGGCCAAACGCUUCUGGAGUUUUGGAAAGGGUUUAACAUUCUGAAUGCUAUCCAAAACAUUGCUGCAGCAUGGGAAGAAGUCACAGAGCAGUGCAUGAAUUUUGUUUGGAAGAAAGUUUUGAAGACAUGUGGGAACACAUUCAACGGCUUUAACAAAGAUUGUGCUGUUGAUGAAAUAGUAACUAAUAAGAUAUUAAUGCUGGGAAAACAGCUAGAAUUAGACAUCAAUGAAGAGGAUAUUCAUGAGAUUGUCAGCAUUAAAACUGAGGAGAUUUCAGGCGAGGAACUGAUUGAAUUGCAGGAAGAAAGAAGUAAAAAUGUUGAACCAGAGGAAGAGGUCAUACCCAACCCACUAAAACAGUUUACAACAAAAAAACUGGCAGAGGCAUUUGCUACUAUCGGCAAGGGCAUGAGGAUGUUAGAAGCAAUGGAUGGCAAUUAUGAGAGAUUUGCAAGAGCUGACAGGCAGGUACAGGAUGCUCUUGUUUGUUAUAGAGAAAUAUAUAACGAGAAGAAGAAACAAACUGUAUGUUCACAAUUUGAUAGCAUUAUGAAAAACACAAAGCCUGCUAAGUCAUCAACUAAGGUCAAUGCCCCCAUGCCUUCUACCAACUAUUCUCAAGCCUCCCCAGAAGGGAGGGAGAUUGAUAACCCUGGAACUAUAGCAUUCACAUCAUCCAACAAUACAUUUUAAGUUUAGUGCUUCAGCAUUCUUCAGGCCAAGUGUGUUUUCAGCUGUGUGCGUUAAUGGUUGCACUGCUGUGAUCUGUCACCUCUUGAAGAUGCAUCCAGACUUAUCUCCACACCUUCACACAGAAGAAUGCAACAUCUUGAUUAAUUUGCUUAAGGAAUGUCACAAAAAUCACAGCAUUCGGAAGUUUUUUGGUUAUUGUAACGAUCUUGACCGUGAGAUGAGAAAAUGCUUGAAGAAUGAGUACAUGGCAAAGAGAACCAGAAGCAGGGAAUAUGGAAAUGAGAUGCGAAAAAGACUUUUCAGUCCUUCAGAAGAAUCUGAAAAAUAAGUGAUGUUGUCACUGGAUGAUGCCUGAGAGAAGACCUAAGGACUGUGGCUUCAUCGCUGAAAGGAUCCUCUCUCGCUUGUCUCCAGAACCCCUUGAAUGCAGAGUGAGCCCUGAAGACCCGCAUACAGAGGUGUGGAGACCUGCUUGCGAGUAGGUGCCGAGCAGACCUGCAGUGCUCUCGGUUCUACAGCGCUCCUGACGUCCUGUGGUGCCCUUUGUCUCAUCCGCAUGAGUCACUUAGCUCCUUCAAUAAAGCCUUUUCAGUCAUUUUU